CCUUGCUCAAACGGCGCUCUAUUCGCGUCUGCGAAGAUGGGAUUGUGUCUCUUGGUGUAAAAGUUUGUGUAUUGUUGCUGACUUCCCGGUGGUUCGCUUGUUGAUAACGAGAUCUUUGCAUUGAGUUAACAUGUGGCGACAACCCAAACAAGUUUUUUGUCUGGUGACAAUUCUUCUCUCCCUUGGACCGAUCGUUUAUGGCAAGCACAUCUUCUGUUACUACAGUAGUUUCGCCUACAAACGUCACGGCCUGGGCAACUUUCUACCUGAGGACAUCAACCCCUACCUUUGCACCCACAUCAUCUACGCCUUUGUCGACAUCAGCAAGGAUGGAUCUGACCUUCGACCUUUGAACAGAAAUGACCUGGGAACCAACGGCCUGUACGAGCGGACCCUGGCCCUGAAGGAGAAGAACCCAGCUCUCAAGAUUCUCCUAGCAGUCGGGGGUUGGAAGAUAGGCUCAGAACCAUUCCUUCCCAUGAUGCAAAGCGAAGAGACCCGAGCUAGAUGGAUCCAAAAUGUCGUGAAAUACUUAAGAAAACAUGGUUUUGAUGGCUUUGACAUGGACUGGGAAUUCCCCGCCACCAGAGGGAGCCCUCCCGAGGAUAAAUAUAGAUUUACUUUGCUUAUGAAGGGUCUGUAUGAGGCGUUUGCUGAAGAAAGCAAAAAAUCGGGGAAAGAGAAACUUCUCCUUACCAUAGCAGCGGCUUCUGGAACUUUCUACAUCGACCAGAGCUACGAGCCCCGCAAGAUCAUCAACUACAUCGAUUUCAUGUUUCUGAUGACCUACAACUACCACGGUCAGUGGGAGAAGAUCACAGGUCACCACAGUGGACUGUACCCCCACAAGAAUGACCCCAAGACAGGCGAGAAGGCCCAGCUCUACCAGGACUGGUCGAUUGACUACUGGCUGGACGUGGGCAUUUCUAAGGACAAGCUCGUGGUGGGCAUCCCCACAUACGGCAUGUCCUUCACCUUGGCUAAUCCGACAGAAAAUGGGGUCAAGGCUCCGGCAGCAGGCGGCGGACGACCGGGGGACUACACCAAGGAAACGGGCAUCUUGUCCUACUACGAGAUCUGCAUGAACAUCCGGGACAAGAGCUGGCGUACGGAGUGGAUCGACGAGCAGGCAGUGCCGUACACGUACAGCGGUGACCAGUGGGCGGGGUACGAGGACAGGCAGAGUAUCGCCCUCAAGGCCAACAACAUACUGAAGCGAGAUCUUGCUGGCGCCUUCGUCUGGUCUGUAGAGAUGGACGACUUUGGUGGGGUCUGUGGAGAGGGGGAGUAUCCACUGCUGUCUACAAUAUCUGACUCUCUGGGGGGAGCAUCAGUGGCCCGGGCCGCUGCCGGCCACCCAGAGUUCCGACGGAUCCCCCGCCCCACCCAGCAGUUAAAAAUCGACAUGGACGACGAGUCGGACACACCCAAAGAGGAACCCAAGAAAACUAAAAUCACACCCUGGAAGAAAGGAAAGAAGAUAACCUCAGAGGCAACCACCACAACCACCACCACAACCACAGCAGCGCCGGCCCCUGAAGACGUGACCACGGAGGUCAAAGAGCGUUUCAAGGUCAGGUGGUGGUCAGGCUCCCUGACCCGCCGAACCCCCAAACCCCCGACCGUGGGGACAAAAACCACACCCACGGAGGCUCAAACCACAGUCAAACCACAAGUUCCGUUACCGGCGAAGAAGAAAAUUCUGAGGAAGAAAAAAAUCCAAGCGAAAAACAUCAAUGAAGCGGCGUCAAGCAGUAAAGUCAACGAGAACUCACUAGACGAGGCCAGCCCCACCGUACCUUGGUGGUCCCAGCCCUCACACAAGCAGGACCACGGCCACCAGGACCACCACGAGCCCGGCGAGAGGUCAAAUGUCAAGCCAUCCCUCCAGCGCAGCCUGCGCCCCAGGGGUCGCAUGCCCCCCAGAGCACCCAGACCAGAGAGACACAAUGUGGAGUCCCAGUCCCAGCCCGCGGCGGGGCAUGGCAGGCGAGACCAGGACAAAGCUCCUUCAGCAGCGAGAUACGAGAUUUGCCGGGACAGGGGAGUGGGCACGUUCGUUGACCCCGUCUCCUGUGACAGCUUCAUCAUUUGCAUGCCCGGGAACUGGCAGGACCGACCCCCGCACGUGAUGUCAUGCCCGCCAGGCACCAAGUUUGACGACAACCUCAAAAUCUGCAACUACGCCGACAGUGUCAUCUGUAGUUCCUAACACAACACACCGCAAAUCUAGAACCAGAUAAAACUGGGACGGAAAAUUGGUCAGCCUUGCCAGAAAGGGAUUUGUAAGCUAAAUUCAAAUUGGGCUGGUUGCAUGAAACCAAAAGUACCAUUUGAAGACGCCAAUCAUAGGCGGAAACCAUUUUGUCAAAGCUAAAAAUAAACCAUAUUUGUAUU